UGGGGUCUCCCAGGAGGAUGUGAAGCCCCCUGGCUGGCAGGCUCCUGGCCUGGAGUAACUUUGGGCCGCCUCCCUCUCGCCGCCUUCAUUGUGCUCCCCGGCGUUGUCUGUUCCAGAUGAUCACACACAGGGGACAGGGGACUCUCCGCUCACCAAGUCCGGCUCGUCUCACUCACUAGGGUCCAGGCGAGCCCCAAGCGCCUUUGACCAAUCCAAAGCGAUUAUGCAAGACGGCGGACCAAUCAGCUCCACCAGCUCAUGACUAUUCAUAGGCUUGGCUGAGUCAAAGCUUUUAGGCGAGUUUGUGUAGAUCUACGGCAUCAUGCUUAGACUUUUCAAAGAGACAAACUCCAUUUUCUUAUGAAUGGAAAGUGAAAAGCCCUGUUCCGCUUAAAUUGGGUUCUUUCCUGUCCUGAGAAACACAACAGACCCCAAAAAGGCACGCUGAAGAGAGAACACACACACAGACCAAGCGACAAGAAAUGACCAUGACUACCAUGCCAGAGAGUCUUAAUAGCCCUGUCUCAGGGAAGGCUGUCUUUAUGGAGUUUGGGCCACCCAGCCAGCAAAUGUCUCCUUCUCCCAUGUCCCACGGACACUAUUCCAUGCACUGUUUACACUCAGCUGGCCACUCUCAGCCUGACAGCUCGUACAGCACAGCUUCGUCCUUCUCCAGACCGCUGGGCUACCCCUAUGUCAACUCGGUCAGCAGCCACUCGUCUAACCCCUACAUCAGUUCAGUGCAAUCCUACCCCAACAGCUCCAGCCUGACUCAGACCCGGUUAGAGGAGACAGGGGCCGACUCGGAGAAAAGCACUGUGGUAGAAGGAGGGGAAGUUCGCUUUAAUGGGAAAGGGAAAAAAAUCCGCAAGCCCCGGACUAUUUAUUCCAGUUUGCAGUUGCAGGCUUUGAACAGGAGAUUCCAGCAAACGCAGUACCUGGCUCUGCCCGAGAGAGCCGAGCUCGCAGCCUCGCUGGGACUUACCCAGACACAGGUGAAGAUCUGGUUCCAGAACAAGCGAUCUAAAUUCAAGAAGCUAAUGAAGCAGGGAGGGGCAGCUUUGGAAAGCAGCUCUCUGGCGAAUGGCAGGGCACUCUCGGCCAGUUCGCCCCCAGUCCCCCCAGUGUGGAACACCACCUCGUCAUCGGGUAAGACCUCUACGGGGACCCCGGGCACUUACAUACCCAGCUACACAUCGUGGUACCCUUCAGCCCACCAAGAAGCUAUGCAGCAACCUCAGCUGAUGUGAUUACAAACCAGUUUCCCCAUUUCAAGCACUAUCGGUCCAGAAAAAUAAAUAAAUUCAAUCAAUAAACAGAGGGAAAAAAGAGAGGGGGAAAUAAAAAGAACAACAAUCGGGAAAGAGGGAAUCUUGCCCACAGAGCCAUUAACACUGCACUAUAGCGUGGUGCAGACAAGCACAGAUGUGAUGCGGGGCUGGUUCCCAACUGCUGACAGCUGACAGAGCAGCCAUUAGUUCAACCGGAGAACAGCCUGGGAGCAGAGAGAAAAUCCGACCCUCAGCUUUGUGGGACAAUCAGAAAAAUAUGUUUGUAGAGGAAAAAAGCUCUCCUCUGUCCUGUCUGUCUGUCUAUGUCUAGCCUGAUGAAAUGUAGGUCAUUUAUUUACUACCCCACUCCUCUUUAACAGCAAUGCGAAAACAACCUGUACUAUAGCCAGAUAUUUUUUCUUUGCAUUUUCCUGUACCCUUCACGACUCGUCAGUGUACAUUUUUAUUGUUGUUGUUAAGGGGAGAGAUGGAGAUUUAAUUUAUUGACUUAAAUUACCACUGUAAGAGUGCUAGAAACACACGGACUAUCUGGCUUGCAAAGGGCACUGUUUCAACGCACAGUUUAUUUUAAACAAAACAAAACAAAACAAAAAACAGCAAAAAGAAGGAUGUGAUUUUUAACUUUUACAAUAACUUUUAUACUUUGCUGGUGUGGAGAGGUUUGUUCCGAGUGGUCUGCAUUUUUCACAUCUCUAGAGUUAUUUAGCAAAGAAAAUAAUACACAUUAUUUAAUGGAAGUGGAAUCACGGCAGCUGUUGAUCGCUUUAGGUAGUGUGAAGAGAGGGAAAGGAAGGAAAUAGUUCCCUAUACUCAGCAGUUGGAAAGAGAUGGCAGAGAAGAAGAGAUGCCAACUGGCUCUAACGUGACACAAUUCAGCUUUAAACGAAAUCUCGAGGCUUUACCACAGAAUGCCAAUCUGAAGUCUACAUGCGCUACUGAAGUGCAGGAUCCGAUCGCUGUACAUAUUUUACUCUUAAUUAUUAUUAUUAUUAUUGUUCUGUAAACACGUUGCACAAAUUUAGCCUUUUUUCCGUUCCGUUUUGUGUGGCUGUAAAACAUGAUGCUUUGUGACCUGAGAUCUUGACAUUUGACUUGUGAAGUUCGGAAGAUGUGAUAAACUGAGAUCAGUCGUGUUUAGUGUUCUAUAUGUCAAAGUUUUAGUUUUAUAUUGAGAAUGUUAACUUAUUGCUUUGUAUCUGGGGGAAAACACAAAUCUUUGUACAUAAGUUAUAAAGUUUCUUUGAGACAGUAAAAUUAUGGUUUGGAAAAAGA